AUGAUGUCCGCUCGUGUCGCCCGCUCCGGCCUGCGCGCCGCUCAGCAGUUCUCGGUCGCUCGCCCGGCCUUCAACGGCCUGCGCACCUAUGCCACCCCGGCCCAGGACGUUCGCCCUCCCGUUGCCCUGUUCGGCGUUGACGGCACCUACGCUACUGCUCUGUACACUGCUUCCUCCAAGUCCUCUGCUCUCGAGCAGACCGCCAAGGCCAUGGCUUCCCUCGGCCAGACCCUCAAGGCCGACCCCAAGCUGGUUACCAUCCUCGGCGCCCCUACUCUCUCCCAGUCCGACAAGCAGGAGAUUGUCAAGGAGCUCCAGAAGAUCGCCGGUGCCGACAAGGCUGACAUCCUCAAGAACUUCCUCCAAACCCUGGCUGAGAACAACCGCCUCGCCUCUCUCGAGGGUGUUUGCGAGAAGUUUGGCACCCUGAUGGGUGCUCACCGCGGUGAGGUUGAGCUCAACAUCACCUCUGCUCAGGAGCUUGAUGCCAAGACCAUCUCUCGUCUCGAGAAGGCCGUUGCCAAGUCCGAGUUCAGCCAGGGCAAGAAGCUCAAGGUUAUCACCAAGGUCAACCCCGACCUUGUUGGUGGACUUGUCGUCGAGAUCGGUGACCGCACUAUCGACCUGAGCGUGUCUUCCAAGAUUGCCAAGAUGAACAAGGCUUUGACCGAUGCUCUCUAA